UUCGUCUAAAAUAGCGGCCGGAUGGGAUGAGCCGGAUAGCGGGUAGGUAUACGCUGUAUAUCCCUUGGUGCCACGACGAGCGCUGUCCGCCUCCGGCCCAUCCAUGGCCCCAAGCGUCCUAUUGUCCUGCAGGCCAAUUGACUUCCCUCCUCUGGAGUAAGCUGGAUCCAAGCGCGACACUCCUCCUCGAAUCAUUGCGCACGGGGAGCCGGGAUGAGGAACCAUUCCAGAACGCGGACGGGGAGGAGGAAGUUCCCAGGGUGGAGGAGGAGACCUAGUCCACAGUCGCCCGUUUUAAGGCCGGUUAAUUGGAACAUAACAUGUCUUGAUCUCCGCUAGCAUUCCCUUAGUUACCCUUCACAGAUUCACAGAAUCACCACCAAAGUCGACAAUCCUCGUCGCCCACGCGGGUCAUGGCGCCCGGCGGCGCGAGCAGAAGGGAAAUCGAGCAACAAUGGGCAUUCGCCCGCAGGCUUAGAGGGCCAUGAUUGGUGGUUAUUGACAAUGAUAAGUUACUGGAUGCCCAGCCGGAUGACCUUUAGCUCGUUUGUGACGGCGAAGGAUAAUAUCCGCCCGGAACAUCUGCCGUCCCCCUCCCCUUUUGGUUUCCCUCCUGUUUAUUUAUUUAUGGCUGCCCUUCAAAAUUCUCCUUUGUCCGUCUCGACAAGAUCAUCCUUCUCCCCCAAUUUCAACCCCUCCAAAGGCCAGAAGCUUGACCGAAGAAUUCUAGUUCUGCUAUAAAUAACAAUACCAAUAUCCCAAAACCAAACAAUCACCACCGCUUAGAUAUUUUUUCACUAUGGCCAACGACGCUCAUAAUGCGGUGCCAAAUAUCGAAGCAGAUCCUAAUGACGAUACCGACUCUGCAUUCGAGGGCUCCGUGGGAAGUGCCAGUUAUGCAACGACGCUUGCCUCCAGCAUAAAAAACUAUGUAUAUGCGAACGGAAGACGUUACAAUUCGUUCCGCGCUGGGGAAUAUAUUUUGCCAAAUGAUGAAGACGAGCAGGAUCGCAUGGACUUGACCCACCACAUCUACAAACUGCUCUUAGGUGGAGAUAUAUAUGUUUCCCCGAUAAAAGCGAAUCCACAGCGAGUUCUUGAUAUUGGAACAGGCACUGGAAUAUGGGCGAUUGACUUUGCAGACGCACACCCCGAGUCGCAUGUUGUGGGGAAUGAUCUGAGUCCCAUCCAACCAUCAUGGGUCCCCACGAACUGUGUCUUUGAGAUCGACGACCUCGAGGCAACAUGGCCAUAUACCCGACCAUUCGACUUCAUCCAUGCGCGCGAACUAGCCGGAUCAAUCGGCGACUUCGACAAGCUCUUCGAGCAGGCUUACAAGAACCUGGUGCCGGGCGGAUACUUUGAGAUUCAAUCCAUCGAGCCGUGUUUCCUUAGCGAUGACGGGACGCUCGAGAAAGCAAAACAUGCGUUGGAAUGGAUGCAUAUGGAAUACGAAGCAAGUGCCAAGUUUGGAAAGCCAUUGGAGAUCGUGAAGACGUUUCCGGAGAAGUUGAAGCAGGCUGGGUUCGUGGAUGUUAAGACCACGCUUAAGAAGCUCCCCAUCGGUACCUGGCCCAAGGACAAGAAGUUGAAAGAAAUCGGGCGCUUCCAGCAGCUGCAGGUAUUGCAGGCGCUGGAGCCGUACUCGCUCUUCCUCUUCACGAAGAUUCUGGGGUGGAGUGCCGAGGAGACCCAGGUGCUUCUCUCCGGGGUCCGCAAGGAUAUCAAAAACCGAGAGAUCCAUAUGUACGGCUGGGUACAUUUCACAUAUGGCAGGAAGCCUGAAGAUGCCGCCACUUCCUAGGCAUACCUAGCUACCAUUCUUUUGUAUGGGAAGAUCCCAUUCGGAUACAAUAUUAAGUCAAGAAGUGGGGAGGUUAGACGGGGUUGUUGAUGGGCAGUUUUUCGUUUUACAUUGUUUUUCUUCCGUUUACAAUUUUUUUAGCCAUUAUUCUUUACCACUACCAUCAUCUUUUUCUUGCAUUGCACUGAUGACGACCUAAUCUGACGAACAUAUAUGAUAUAUGAUAUAUAUCGUCCCGCAAGGUUUUUUUUUUUUUUUUUUUUUUU